CGUCUGGGCGGCGCUGAUGCGGCUCCGUUCCAGCGUCUCGCUCCGGUCGCUGCCCUGCCCAGCCUCGCAAAGAACACUCUGAUUGAAUCCCAGCAGGCGUCCAACGUCACCAGUGGCUUUGUUUCGGCCUCCGACCUGAUUUUGGCGCCGCCACUCUUGGCAAAUGUCCCCCAAGCGGCCGGCGGCGCUCCACAGCCGGUCAGCAACGGCACGCGACAGCCACCCCGCCAGCCCUUCACCAGUCAGACAGAGCUGUCGGAGCAGACGCUGCUCAGGGAGGUGCUGUACGCCUUCCAGGGCAUCGAGGGCAAGUACCUCAAGUCCAACGCCAAGCGCGACCACGUCACCAUCGACCCCAAGGUCUCUGUGAGCGGCAGCGUACGCGGCACGGUGCUGCGGCUGGUGGAGCUGGGCUGGCUGUACGGCCGUGUUCGGCUGUUCUGCCGCUCCGUGGCCGCCCGGCCCGACGCCGGCCUGCUGGCCCAGAGUCUGGCCUCCGCCCUCCGCGAGCAGCUGCAGCAGUUCUACCGGCUCAUAGCGCUGAUGGAGGCCCAGCUGUCGGGCGGCGAGUCGGGCGGCGAGCGGCUGACGCUGCGCCGCCUGCACGUCUGGACGCUGGACCCGUUCUUCCAACUGCGCUUCCUGGCGGCGCUGACGGACGCGUGCGGCGGCGAGACGGGCGGCGCGCUCGCCUCCGUGCUGCACCGCCACCUCAGCCACGGCGACCCGGCGCUGGUGCGCACCGUCCGACACCUGCUUAGCAAGACCUGUGAGCCCAUGUUCAUCAUGCUGAGCCAGUGGAUGUUUGACGGCGAGCUGGAGGACCGCCACAAGGAGCUGUUCAUCGCCGCCGACCCGUCCGUGGCCGACGACCGGCUCUGGCACGACAAGUAUCAGCUGAGGGAGUCGCAGAUCCCCAGCUUCCUGACGAACACGCAGGCCCGGCGCAUCCUGGCCACUGGCAAGAGCAUCAACUUUCUGCGCCAGGUGUGCCGCGACGACAGUGGCAUUCGCGGCAUCGAGUCGCUGCGCGCCAAGUUCGACGCCAUCAACGUGGAGGCGCUGUACCUGGAGGACGGCACGGGGGAGCUGAGCGCCACGAUCGCGGCCGUCUACCGCGAGACGGCCCGCCACGUCCUCGACACCAUGUGCCAGCGCUACCAGUUCCUGGAGAACCUGCAGGCGAUCCGGCGCUACCUGCUGCUGGGCCAGGGAGACUUCAUUCGGCACCUGUUGGAGCUGAUCGAACCGGAGCUGUGCAAGCCGGCCACCACGCUGUACCCGCACAACCUGAACGGCAUUCUGGAGUCAGCGAUCCGCGCCACCAACGCGCAGUGGGAGGCGGCGGACGUACUGAAGCGGCUGGACGUGCGGCUGCUGAGCGUCUCGCCCGGCGACACCGGCUGGGACGUAUUCAGCCUCGACUACCACACGGACGGCCCCAUCAGGACGAUCUUCACCCCGCAGUGCAUGACGUGCUACCUGAUGCUGUUCAACGCGCUGUGGCGCGCCAAGCGCAUGGAGUUCGUGCUCUCCGGGGUGUGGAAGCGGCAGGCCCUGCUGGCAAAGAUGACGAAGAGCCUGACGGAGACCAGCGUGGUCCUGCACCUGGCGGACGUGCUGACCUCGCAGAUGGUGCACUUCAUCCACCAGCUGGCCUAUUACAUCACAUUUGAGGUGAUGGAGUGCUCCUGGGCCGACCUGACCUCGAAGGUCAAGCGGGCCGACAGUCUGGACGAGGUGAUCAGCGCGCACACAGAGUUCCUGAACACCAUCAUGUCUCGUGCCCUGCUAGACGACACGUCCCAGGACAUGCUGCACCAGCUGCGCGUCAUCUACGACCUGAUCCUGCAGUUCCAGAUCCUGCAGGAGCGGCUCUAUGACCGCGUGGAGGCCGAGCUGGCGCGCCGCGCUGAAUACCAGGCCGCGAUCGCGGCGCGCACGCGGGCCGGCCAGUACGGCACCAGCAGCGCCGACGAGGCGGCCGAGGCGGAGCGGCGGCGCGACUUCGUCAAGAUCUUCCUGCCGGCCACUAAGGCGCAGCUGCAGAACCUCACGCAGGGAUACCAGAACAUGGUGCUGGGUCUGCUGAUGAUGCUGUCAUCCCAGGAGGAUCUCAGCCUGCAGUACCUCAGCUUCCGACUCGACUUCAACGAGCACUACCGCAGCAAGGACUCGCGCCUCUCACUACCGCUGACGUAUCACCACCGGCGCAUGAGCGGCGUCGGGGUGCGGCUGUGACCCGGUGGGGUCAACCGAGGUCACGGCACCGGCGGCGGGGUCAGGUUUCUGGAGGGCUCAGCUAGGGUCAGAGUACAAGCGGCGGGGUCAGCCUUCCGGGCGGGUCAGCCGAGAUCACGGCCCAAGCCUCGGGGGCAGGCCUGUGGCGAGGUCACUCGGGGUCACGGCACAAGUAGCGGAGCCGGACCUCCGGAGCGUUCUCCAAGCUGAGGUCACGGAAUGAGCGGUGGGGCAGACCUUUCAGGAGGCUGCCCAGAAUCACUGCAUCUGCUGGCACUGGCUCAGCCUCCCCCACCCGAGGUCGCCUGAAGCCAUAUGUUUGGCGUUGGGGUGCCUGAGGGAAGCAGUAAGCUUGACCAGGCCAGACAAAGAUGUCUCCUGAAGAGAGGCAGA